AGUUCUUCGGUCAGUGUGGAUCAUCAUGUCGAGCUAUCAAGUGCCAGUGGCUAAAGUCGAGCUACUUUCCGGCCGUGGCUUUUCCGUUUCGAUACCCGAUGAGAGGGGCAUAUCGCUGUUCGCCUUCCAUGGAAAGCUCAACGAGCCAAUCACGGAUCUGAGCGAUCAGCACUGGGCAGCGGACAUCGUGAACACGGACGCGAACGGGCGCUGGACCUACACCAAUCGGAAUGUGGAGCUGUACAAGGGAGACGUCAUCUACUACUGGACGACGGUGCGAUUCCAUGGCGUUGACUACCAGAGAAUGCACCAAGAGGAGGAAGUUCCCUAGAAAUGGGACCCGUUACGUUGAUUAAAUAAAGCCAUACCCAGUAGUCGGUUGCCAGAUAAUUCAGUUGCAUGCUCGGCUGCCUGUCAUAC